GCUGUUGAUGAUGAAAAGGAAUUAUCUUUUAAUAAGAUCAGAGCUUCACAUCUGUGUUCAUAUCAUGAUAACCCCCACCACCACUUUUGUUCCUCGUUUAGCCCUGUUAUGUUUAAUGCUUCAGAUUGGAUCUGUAAUACGCUGAAACAAAGUUUAGCACAGAUUUCAUACAAAUAUCAAUCCCAACAUUUUACGGGAUACAUUUGAGAGGAACUCAAUCACGACCUGAGUUGUUUUUGCAGCUCUAUCAUUUUGCUAUCUGAAUGUUUCUUGAGCUUGACAGGUAUUAAAUUCUGCCUUCCUCACAUCUCCUCUGCAGUCUGCAUUUACUGAUGGAGGCUUACAUGAGCUCCCGCCCUCUGAGCUGAUGCUUCACCACAUCUGGCAUCCUCCCUGCCCAUCUUCAAUCGCCGAGCGACCCGCCUGCUGCUGCGGCAUCUUCUGACACACAAACGCUGGUUUUAAAGGCUUGCUGGACUUCAACCAAGAGCACCUUUUGGCUGCAGAAAGUUCCCCCAGGCUCCGUGGAGGUUCAGGUGGUAUUUUACACAUUUGGAGGUUGAAGAGGUUGGCAGUGGAACUGCAUUCAAACGUCAAGUUGAAGAAGGUGCCACCAUUCUGCAGGAGAACCAGAGAGAUCUUCUGAAAUGGAAAACUUUGUCUGCAAGCAGGGUUCAGGUCUGCAGACGGCGCUUCACCGCGCCACCAAGGUGGGCAAUGCUCAAGCCGUGGCCGCUCUCAUUAAUGGAGGCUGUGCUGUGGAUCUGCAGGACAGGGACGGAAACACGGCACUCCACGAGGCAUCCUGGCAUGGAUUCUCCCCCUGUGUCAAACAGCUCAUCAAGGCCGGAGCUGAUGUGAAAGUGAGGAACAAGGUGGGGAACGUGGCACUUCACCUGGCAUGUCUUAACGCACACACUCAGACAGCUCGCCUCCUGCUGCUUGGAGGAUCUAGCCCAGACUCUCAAAACGCCAAAGGGGAAACGCCUCUUCAUGUUGCUGCCGCUCUCAACCACAAGAAAACCGUCCAGAUUUUGCUGGAGGCCGGUGCCGACAGAACAAUCCAGAACCAUGUGGGAAAAACAGCCCUAGACAAAGCCAGAAACAACCGGCAUAAAGAGGUGGCUCUUCUUCUGACGGAUGCCCCACAGUCCGGCUGUCUGAGCAAAAAGAAACUCAAACUGAGACCUCAAAGUGGCCCAUCUGUUUGCAGAGCAGAAACGCAACCAAUCAAAGACAGAAGCUCUGCGGUAGAAGAUUCGCCCAGCAGUGGAUCGACUGACUCCAAGACAGACGUACAGGCUGUAAAAGAAAACGACUCACCUGAAUAUCGGCGCUCUGCCCAAGGCCAGAGAGAUGCCCUCAGUGAUGAAGAAGAUGCUGGUUCUGCUCCGAUAGGAAGAGCCUUCCAGCUGUAUACGCUGUACAGAGACAAAGAUGGCAGGAUCCAGCAGGCUCCAGCCAGCAAGUGUCAGUGCGGGCCGCAGCUGAAGAAGCUGGAGGAGCAGCUGAAAGCCACACAGGAGGAGACCAGACUGAGGAUCCUGAAGGUGCAGGAGCAGGUCACCAGACGGCUGGACAGGAUGGAGCGCAAAAGCAGACACCAGUUGAAAGUGUUGGACGCGAUAAACCAGGACAGAGCAGCUGCAGAGAGGAACAGCUUGAUGUCCAGGAUGGAGCAGAGUGCAGCGAAGAUCCGAGCUGAGGCCAGAAUGGCUCAGGCAACAGUGAGGCAGGAGCUGAGGAGGUGGUGUUUCUCCUGGGUGGAGGGGGUCCCAGCUGAAGGCCAGUAUCAAAAACUGCUGCUUUCUCCAUCGGUGGAACCAUCUGAAGCAGACCUGGAGUCAGCCCCUCUGCUGUCUGGAGACAGCAGCCUGGUGCUGGAGACCCCCGUCAGCAGCCUGAACUCCAGAUCUGCAGACAGCCACACAGAGGAAGCGGAGGGGGGGACGUACUUUGAGAUGAAGGUGGACCGAGAUUCAGAUGCUGAGCAGAACUCUGCACUCCCUUCUCCCGCUGAACACUCUUCUCACUUCCCACUGGACUCCUCUGACCCCUGCUGGCUGUCUGCAGAACUGCAGGACAGCAUUGAGGGCAGGUCCAGUGUGAACAGCAGGGAGCGCCCUGACAGCUCCACAGUCCUGGAAUUCUUCUCAAGCCGACCCCCUGAGCCCACGUUCAGCCAGGAGAGGAACAAUCUGCACGCCAUGGAGGUGACUCAGCGAUUCUUUGAUACCGUCUCGGCUCAGUUGGAGCUCUGGUGCCACAGAAAGAUUCUGGAGGUGGAGCAGCAGGCGGAACUCAGAGCACAGGUAGACACGAAGGAACUGCUGCAGCAAAUCAGUACACUGGAGGCGGAGCUAAAGAAGCUUAAGGCCAGCGAGAAUGGUAAGAACUACAACAUCGGCAAAGCCCCAGUAUCUAAGCGUAACUGGUAUUAAACAAGAAGAUGUCUUUUAGAUUCCAGUGGAGAACAAAAGAAGGAAAUGGGUUCGACUGAUUAAAGCAGCAGCAAGUCGUCUGUUUGGUUACGUUUCGUGACUUGGCACACACCGUGAUGCAGGCGAGGUCUACAGAAGAAAAUGCUUUCACUAUUAUUGUUAGUUGAUGUUCCUAACAUUUCCAUUAAGACAAGACCACCAUGUAAAAUAUAAAUUACAGCUAUUGAUCCAAAGUCAUGCUUCAGUGUGAUGGGGUUAUAGAGACAUUUCUGCAGUGUUGAGAUCACUCAGAGCCUUUAUCUACAAACGAAGGGAGUUUGGAACAGGUGAAACUCUUUCCCAGAUGGAUCAACCAACCAAACGGACUCCAUGAAAAGACUGAAUUAUUACGCUAGUCUAAAAAUGGGAGAAUAACAAUGUAGUGAUGUGCUCCAAAUGACACCUGGACAGACAAAUAGCAACAGUCAAACAUGGUGACAGGAGUGUGAUGGUGUGGACAUGAAAUGUACAAUUUAUGUUAUUUGGCACAGACAUCAUCCAUUUAUGAGUUCAGACUCCAAACUAACAACAGAGAAAACACCAGCAGCUGUUUUGUAAUUGAACUGCAUGUCCAAAAUAUUUCUAAUUAGUGUUUCAAUCUUUUUUUACAUUGUCUUCUUGUGAAAAAAGUGAGGGAAAAUUUGUGAAAAAGAAGAAGUGAGUUAAAACUUAACUAUCAGUCUUUAGACUAAAUCUAUACUUUAAAUAGUAGUAUUUUCCAUUGGAAAAGGGAUUAUAUUACAGAAGCCAAAUUUGAUUUUUUGUUUUUUUGUUUUUGCUUGUCAAACAUCAAAUUUUCCAGUUCUGCAAGUUUGUUGACAAAUUGUGCUUGAGUUGGGCGUAUCCUUUUGGUGAGUUCAUCCAGUGGGCGGAGCUCUGAUGAAGCUUCUGGUUGUGUAACCCAAUGAUCCUGGUGUGACAUCUGGCUCUCGGCCUCAGCGACCAGUGGUUGCGCGGCAGCUUCUGAAGGGAAAAUCAAAUCAAUGUUCCAUCGAUUGUGCGAGGGUGCGAUGGAAAUCUAAUUAAAGCCCCGCAGGCACAGCUGGUUAUUUCACGCAGCCGAGCAGAACAGCUCUAAAGUCCAGCCAAUGGCAUUUGGUGAUUCUCUGACAGAUGAACAUGACCGCGUGCAAACACGAGCAGGUUCGCAAAGAUAACAUUUAAAGAUAAAAUUCAAUCAGCUAAAACAGGGACAAAUUCUAUUCUAUUCGAUGCCAAUCAAUAAAACACUGACUGAACACUUACUGACUUCUUUAUACUGAGUAUAUACAAGACAGGGGGCAAUAAGGAGAACAAAAGGUCAGGAAGAAAUCUCCAACAGAACCGGUACCUGGUAGGAAGCUCACCCAACUGAACCGGUUAGAGGAUGAGGAGAGUGACAAAACUAUGGAAGAUAUCAGCUAAGAGCAAAAAAAUAUAUGACACUAGGAUAAAAAAAAGUGGACGGUAAAACCCAGUGCAUUGGAUGUGGUACUGCACACUUGGGUUAUGCCCGAAUUCCCUACUAAGUGCAUCAAAAUUCCAAAGUCCAGUGCCCUGGAAAUGUCUUAGAAGUUUCUAAAAAAUGGAUGCAUUGAUGUUCACUAGAAUGGCGCAUAUAGACCACAAUGCAAUGUGUUUGAACAAUCUGUCAUUAAAGAAAAUGUAUUUUUUAUGAAUAAUCCAAGUUUUCAUCACCAGAACUCAGUGAAUUUCUAAAUAGUCUUCAUGAAAUGUUCAUAUUUAUCAUGGUGUAUACUUCGCCAAAAAGUGGUGAGCAUGUGCCCGAAGUGCGUUAAAAUCCAGGGCACUGUAUAGUUCCACACUUCAUAGUCUUUUAGGGGUUGGAGAGUAGUGAGUAAAUUUGGACUAGAGUAGCCAGUUUGUCAUUGUUGUAGUUGCUAACUAAUCCUAUUUUCUCUUGCUUUUUGUCUUCAGAGCUGUUUCUCUCUACUGUCUGAUGAGUCGUAUUUUUGCAGUUUUUACCCGAGGUUUUUUUUUAAAACAGCAAUGAAAAUUUAGUUUGAAAGUCACUGAACACCUGCCAACUGAAUCUUAACAGCUCAGACGUUUGCAUUUUUUUCCUUUGUUUUUCGAUAUUUGUUUCUAUGUUUUGUUGUGUGUAAAGUCAGAUAAUCUUUUUAUUAAACUGACUUGGAGGAAGAAUCUCACAAAAAUA